AAAACAUUUAAACGUGUUAACCCUCGCAAGGCUGCAGGCCCAGACGGCAUUCCCAGCCGCGUCCUCAGAGCAUGCGCAGACCAGCUGGCUGGUGUGUUUAAGGACAUAUUCAAUCAAUCCUUAUCCCAGUCUGCUGUUCCCACAUGCUUCAAGAGGGCCACCAUUGUUCCUGUUCCCAAGAAAGCAAAGGUAACUGAGCUAAACGACUACCGCCCGUAGCACUCAUUUCCGUCAUCAUGAAGUGCUUUGAGAGACUAGUCAAGGACCAUAUCACCUCCACCCUACCUGACACCCUAGACCCAAUGCGUGGUACAUUCUAUCGAGUCUAUCAAAGCCAGUGUUCUCACUAAACACCCACAUUUGUAUUUGUGUGGGAAAUGUUUGCAGGCUAUGGUUGCUGUUUGUAUUUAAUUGAACUUUAGGCCCAUACGAAGACAAAUCACACAACAUAGGCUACCAAAUAACCUUAGGCAAAAAUACACGAAAUAAAAGUCAAGUGGAAAAUAUUAUAAAUGUCUUGAUCAAUUAUGAGUAUCUAAACAUAUCGACUUUUGGACACUGAUGCGCAGGAGAACCCCUAGCUGUCAAUCAAGCAGGCGCGGUGAACGGAUUAUGACGCUCAAGCGUUCCAAAUGACGCAACAAUACAGUUCCAGAACAGAGAAAGUUAAUGCCGAAGAUGUUAUUCGGUUAAACUCUAAAACUGCGCUUUGACAAGUGUGAUUUGAGACCUUUCCUGCAGUCUCUGAGGAGAUGGACACCUCUUCUUCUUCUGGACGAUCUCCGUCUCCUACUGGGACUGUCUUCUUACCCCCUCCUAUCAUGUGGAACAGUCUCUACAAGCAGGCAGAGAUGGAGGUUCAGUUCCUGAGGGAAGAGAAGAAGACCAGUACAGAGAAGGAAGCCCACAUGCUUGAGUUGAGGGGGAAGGAUCGAACGAUCCGAAACCAGAAGAAGGAGAUGGACAGACUUCAAGUGUGCCUCUGGGAGGAGGAAAAGAAGAAGAGGAAUGGUGGAACGGAGAAGGACGAGAUGAUUGAACAACUACAGUCUGAGACAGACCAUCUCAGAGCCCUUUUGACAGAUGAAAGGAGGAGAAGAAGAGUAGAAAGGGGUAUUAUGAAAGAGUGGAAGGCUGAGAUCCUGAGACUGAAGGAGGCAGAGAGCCAGAGGGAGGCAGAGAGCCAGAGGGAGGCAGAGAGCCACAGGGAGGCAGAGAGCCACAGGGAGGCAGAGAGACAGAGGGAAGCAGAGAGAAAGAGGGAGGCAGAGAGAGCCACAGAAUGGGAGGAGAAGCAGAGAAAAAUGCAGGAGAUCAACAGACUAAAACAACUGCUGGAGCUGCUGAUGGUGGACCUACAACUGGCCCACCAAGAGAUAGAGAGAUUGAGGAUCAGGCAGAAAGUCAUGGAGGAUCAGCGACCAAGACUGGCCUGGAACAACAAACCUAUUGAGACAGAAAGAGAGAGGGAAAGAGAGGAAGAAAGGGACAGAAAAGCAGAAUUGGAAAGACAAGAAAUGAUUAAGAAAGUGAAACAGGCAGAAGAAACGAUAAAAGUGUUAGAACGAGAGAUUGAGAGAUUGAAAGAGACUGAAAAGGAAAUCAUAUUUGAAAGAGAAAGAGACAUGCGUAUUGCAGAGAAUGAGAAAGUCAAACUGGUUAACGAAAAGGUGAAAGAGUUAGAGAGAGAGGUUGAGAGACUGAAAGAAGAUAUGACAACAAAAGAGAUUCAAUACAAAAUCAAAUUUGAAAGAGCGAAACAAGCGUAUAGAAGACAGAAUGAAAGAGUGAAACAGGUUAACCAAAAUGUACUAGUGUUAGACAGAGAGGUUGCGAGAAUGAAAGAAGAGAUUAGAUUGAAAGACGAGACUGAACCAGAGAGAACAUUUGAUAGAGACAGAGAGAGAGAAAAGGAUUGGAGACGAAGUGAGGAGGAGAUGAAAAAUAGAGUGGAGAGAGAGAUGGAGAUGGAGACAGCCCUCAUCAAUGACAAUAAGAAGUCUGAAUUGGAGGAAGUCUUCAAGAAAAUCAAGGAACAGCUGAAAGAAUUAGAAAACAUGGAAACAGACAAAUAUAAAUGGAAACAGAACCAAAUGGACAUGGAGGAGAAGAUGGAGGGUGAGAACAACAAACAGAAAGAGGUAGAAAGAAAGAGAAUGGAGAAAAUACCAAAACAGAGACAACAAGAAGAUGAGAAGAAGAAAGAGAUGGAGAGAGAAGAAGAGGAGAGACGCAAACAGAAGCAAAUAGAGAUGGAAGAGGAAGAACGAGAGAGGGAGAAAGAGAGACAGAGAGAGAUCAAAAGGAAGAGAAUGGCGAAGAGACAGAAAAAUAUGGAAAGAGAAGAGAGACAGAGAGAGAUUGAAAGAGAGCAUGAAGAAGAAAGAAGUAAACAGAUGCAAAUAGAGAUGGAAGAGGAAGAAAGAGAGCGAGAGAAAGAGAGACAGAGAGAGAUCAAAAGGAAGAGAAUGGAGAAGAGACAGAAAAAUAUGGAAAGAGAAGAAGAGAGACAGCGAGAGAUUGAAGAGAUACACAGAGGACAACAACAAGAGGAGAGACAGAAACAAAUGGAGAAAGAUAAAGAAAGGGAGAAAGACAAUGAGAAUCAGAGAGAGAUGGAAUUAAAAGAUCAGCAACAGAAAGAGAUGGAGAAAGAAAAGAUGAUUAUGAGAGAGAGGGAGGAAGCAGGAAGAAGAAAGGAGGGGCAGAAAAAUAUUUUGGGGGAAAUUGAGGGACAGAAUGAACUGGAGAUAGAACAGGAGAGAGAGAUAGAAGAAAGGCAUGAAGUGAUUAAGGAAGCAGAGGAAGAGUACAGGGAAAGAGAAGAGAGAGGAAAGGAAGUAAGCAUGAAGAAACAUGUAGUAGUUAAUGUUAAAGCAAAAGCACGGGAAGUCUUCAAUAGACGUAAAGAGAGAAGGUUAGAAGUGUUGAAGGGGGAACGAGAACACAUAGAAAGAGGACAACAAAUCAGGAGGGAGAAGGAGGAAAGACAGCUGGAGAUGGAAAGAAAACAGGAGAGGGCAAGACAACAAGAGGAGCAGGAUAAAAAACAAGAGAUUGAAAUUGCUAGACAGAAAGAAAUGUUCAGACUAAGAGAGGAGGAGAGGCAGAGAGAGGAAGAGAGAGAAGAGGAGAGAAAGAGAGCCAUUGAAGGCCAUUUAUCUUUAAUCAGAGAGAGAGAGAUAAUAGAGGCAAAAAGAAGAGAGGAGAUGGUGGAAGAGGAAAGAAGGGAGAUCCUUGAAAAGCACAAGAGGGGUGACUUAGAGGAAGAGGAGAAGGAAGAAGACAAGGAGGACAUUCUCCCACCUGACAAAAGUAUCCGAAGGAGAGCUGUGGGCUGGAUAAAUAAGAAGUGGGAGGAGAGGAACCUCAAGAAGAUCGAGAGAACCUAUCAGAGAGAAGCUGAGGAGGGCUAUAAGAUCGUCCACAUAGCCAUCCCUGGACACACAAGGCUAACAGCCACCAUGACACGGGCAGAGAGAGAGAGGGAGAAGAGGAAGGAGCUUUUGAAGGCUGAGAAGAGAAGGAAGAAGAUGGAGGAUUUUAAUAAGCAGUGGAGAGAGCAGUCCCUGCUUAAAAAACAAACUCAUCAGAAACUGAUGGAGGAGAGGGGGAAGAUGAAGGGACAUUACCUGGAGCAGAUGAAUCUGGAGGCUGAUGCUCAAAUCCACACCCGCUGUCUAACCACCCAACACAGCCACGAUUAUCUGGAGACAACACAGCCCACUGGAUCUGGAGAUGGGCACCAGGAAAGGCCAAGGAGGCAACAGGCAUGGGCAGAGAACCAGGAGGGGAGUUCAGAGAACCAGCAGGAGUGGCCAGAGAACCAACAGGGGGUGCCAGACAGCCAGCAGCUAGAAGCUCCAGAAGAGGCUGAAACAUCAGAGCUAACCUCCAAGAACAAGAAAAGGCCAGGCAUCUGGAAGAGAAUUAAGAUGGGCAUUCCUGACCUGCUGUCUGCCUAGAGCUGGAACUCGAAGAAGCCACAGUUCCACUGAGGUUACGUUGGUCAUUAAAAGUGUCGCCCAAUAAUUCCUCCUCCUCUUUAGGUCAUCAAGCUACAUUUCCUCCACAAAACAUUAACAUCUCCUCAAGCCAGCAAGUAUACUAUUUGUCAGGCAACAAACCCUCGAAGGUCAGUGACCCUCCUCCCCAGAGCAGAGGUUCUCAUCUUUAUCCUAAUUAAAUUAAUCUCUGCUCACCACCUCUACUGUCCUAGAAAAUAUCCCCAAAUGGACAUGGUUUAAACAGAAGUCCUCCCCUCAGACCAAUGGCUCCAAAAACCAGAGUUUCUCAUCUUUAUUCAAGUUGAACGCAACUCUGAUCAUUUCCACCACCUCACCUGUUAAGGGGAGGUCUGGGAGGAGGUCUGCAGGUAGACUGGACCGGACCGGUAGCAGCUAAGUUGCUGGCUCCAUCCCCGGACAAAGCUGCUCAAGUCAGGCCAGUGAUGUUUGACGAUGUCAUUUUUGUUAUUAAAGUUUUACGUUUUAAUAAAAGCAUUUAUUAAAAAAGCAA